CGCAGACAGAAUUACUGUGUUUAUCUCAAGGAACUCAAGAUGCGGCGUGGCCCUUUGGAGAGAGCUGGAGCUCAGGCGGGCCAAUGACACGCUGCCGUACCUCCGUCAGGGUUCGCCUUCCAUCCCCCCUCCGCAGCCACGAACAGCCCGUUCGCCUCAUUCACCAGCAAUUCCUUCUUCGUCCUGGUCUUUCGCCAUGGCUGUCCAAGGUGUUGAGCAGACUAUCCUUCGGGAUCCGGCUCUCUUCUAUUGGAUCCUCUUCCCCAUCUCGGUGGUUAUGAUCCUGACUGGUAUUCUCCGCCACUAUGCGACUGUCCUCAUGAACACGCCCCCCAAGCCCGCCUCCUCCCUGGCCGAGUCUCGCGAACGCCAUGCUCUCCUCCGUGGUGUCAACCUCCGCAACCAUGCAUGCUCCGUUCUGGACCGUGAGUCCUUCGAGGCUCGUAAGAAUUACCUCGUCAAUGGGUUCCGGAGUGGCGCGUUCUUGAAGGACCCCAACAACCGUGGCCAGCCGCCGGCGAACCCGAUGACGGAUCCAGCUGGCAUGGAGGCAAUGAUGGGCAUGCUCAAGGGAAACAUGAUGAUGAUGAUCCCACAGACGCUGAUCAUGAGCUGGAUCAACGCUUUCUUCUCGGGAUUCGUGAUCUUGAAAUUGCCUUUCCCGUUGACUAUUCGCUUCAAGUCUAUGCUGCAGUCCGGUGUUAUGACCCGUGAUUUGGAUGUUCAAUGGGUGUCCAGUUUGUCGUGGUACUUUCUGAACUUGAUGGGCCUGCAGUCCGUUUUUGGAUUCAUUCUGGGCAGUGACAAUGCUGCCAACCAGAUGGCCCAGCAGAUGGGUAUGGCCAAUCCCGCCGCUAUGAUGAACCCCAUGCAGCCUGGCCAGGACCCUGACAAGCUGUUCUUGAGCGAGGCGGAGAAUCUGGAGGUCAUGGAGCACUUCUGCAUUCUCGAUGGUGUUGAGGAGCGGGUUCUGCGGAACUUUGCGCCAGAGGUGAACUAAUUGACGAAAUGGGGGGGAAAGGGAUUUCAUGCUCAAGUCGGUGUAUAUAUCAGCACCAAUGGAGGGCAAGUCACUGGCUCUGAAUAGAUAAAAGACAUUGCGGCAUCGGAACUGGCACAGCCUUUACGUGUCAAUUUACUUGUAAAAUGUGUCAUAACUAUAAUCUCGUUCCAUUCGUCGUGAAGCAUGUCAUCUCAUAAUCUCAUAGCUAUGUACGGUCAUUCCGAGCGGUAAUUAAUCACACCGUUCAACACCCAGACUUCUCCAUUAGCGACUUUCUCGGCAACGGAUUCCACCUCAAUAUUUCCCGGUUGCAGCUAUCACAUAUUAGUUUUUGACGCUGCAGCGAAGACUGCCGAGUAAAACUCACAAUGAUCUUGUCGCCCUCUUUCGUCCACUUUAGCUUCUCUCCGCCCAGGCUUUCGACCUCGUCGCCAGCACGCCACGGGCUAACAGGCACGAUAUGGGCCUCUACGAAACGCCGCAGAUUGCGUCUCGCCCGCUCCUGUCCAUCAGUGCCCUCAUAGGCAUUCACAUCACCAAAUUUAGCAUAGUCUUCGGGAUCCUCCCAUGGCUUGCGUGGUAGGUCUUGCACAGCGCUGUUGCGCGGGGCUAGAACUGUGAUGUUGCGGGAGGCAUCAUUGAGGCGCGAGGAGAUAGAGUCGAAAUCUCGGGUCAUCUGGGCAAAGAUAUUGAUUCCCUUUGUCUUCGGAAGGACAUCGGAGACAACUGGUUGAUAUGCCCCGCCGACGACGUCCUCACUCGAAGCCGUCGUCUGGGGCUUGAGAAUAUCUGGGAUGAGUUUGUCCAUGAUGGAUUGCUGACCCUGCGCAGGAACUAAUGGCUGCUGCUGUUGUGAAAAAUGGAGAGAUAAGCCCCAAAGUGCAGUAGCGGAGCUAGUGAGGGUUAAAAGUAGAGUUAUCGAUGCCAGAGGCCUUCUGCUUUUCAUCUUGAAUGUAUGCAGGCG